UCUUUACAUUUUAGAGUGUCCCAAAAAAAAAAAAGAAAAAAAGAGUUCCUUCCCUCAACGUGAUUUUGACCGGAAGCUCUAUCUAACAGAAGGGAUCUCUCUGUGUUUAGAAAGGUAAGCCCUUGAUUAUUACCCCCCAAGCAAAGAAUAAAGGGUUUCAACUGCAAACUUUGCUCUCUCCUUCAAAGUCCCCACCCGAUUCUCACUCCCAGCUUCGGGACAUUUCUCGCAUUCUCCGUCAAUUUCAAGUGGGUCUGAGCUAAACCUUGUAAAGAAUCAAUGACAGAGAUCUUUACUGACACUGGAUCCAGACAGUUAACACAAAUGUUCCUAGCGAUAAUCUUCUUCCACACAUCGGAAUACAUUCUCGCCAGAGCCAUCCACGGACCAUCGAGAGUCACUCUAAGCUCACUCCUAAUCACCAAACACUACGCUUUCGCAAUGCUAGUAUCCAUCCUCGAGUACCUAACCGAGAUCACUCUCUUUCCUUCCCUGAAACAGCACUGGUGGAUCAGCAACUUCGGUCUUGUAAUGAUUCUCCUCGGCGAAGUCCUUCGAAAAACCGCGAUCAUCACGGCGGGAAGAUCCUUCACGCACCUCAUAAAGAUUCGCCACGAGGAGCAUCACAGGCUUGUGACGCGAGGAGUGUAUAGAAUCGUGAGGCAUCCGAGCUACUCCGGGUUUCUUGUAUGGUCUGUGGGGACGCAGGUGAUGCUGUGUAACCCUGUUUCGGCGGUUGCGUUUGCGGUUGUGGUGUGGAAGUUCUUUGCCGAUAGGAUACCUUAUGAGGAGCAUUACUUGAAGCAGUUUUUUGGGAGAGAGUAUGUGGAGUAUGCGCAGAGGGUUCACUCUGGUGUUCCUUUUGUAAACUGAAAAAACAAUUUGAAUCGGUUAUUAACAUUUAUAGAUUUGGUUGGAUACUAUUUGCAUAGAAAAUCAUUAAAAGAGAUGUUACUCAUGUUUUUUAACAUAAAUGUAUUUGUCACUGGUUAGUAUCUGGUUAUUCAACUCAUAUUUUAUUUCUUUUGCCUUCA